AUCAGAAACGGUGAUCAUUUUGCCGCUCAGUGCAUCACCGACUUGGAGGCUGCAUUUUUGGCCAUUACUCCUGAGCGCCUGUUGCUGCUCAAUCUAGCUGCUGAUCGUGAUCUUCUACCUCGCGUCAGUUUCUCUGAAACCAUACACUCUUCUAGGUAA